UGUUAUCUUGUCCCCCUGGUAGAGAUGGUGGCCACCCAGGCCCAGAUGAACCUGGCCCAGGUCCCUGUACUCCAGAGGGACUACUGCGCCCACCACCUCAUCAAGCUCAUGAAGUGUAAGAGGGACAACUGGCCCAACUUCCUGGCCUGUAAACACGAGAGACACGACUGGGACUACUGCGAGCACCAGGACUACGUGAUGCGUAUGAAGGAGUAUGAGCGGGAGCGACGGCUGCAGAUGAGGAAGAAGAGGGUGGAGGAAGCCCAGGCAGCUUGAGCAUCAUCGUCAUCAUGACCUCUAACCCCCGACCCCUCUGUGUACAUACCUGCUGCUCUCCACAAUAAAGACCUUUUGAGCUCCACUACUCUA